UCCGUGCUUGUGGACAAGGGGAGAGACGUCAUUCUCUGGAAACUGCGAACUUCCUCUCUGCUAGUCUGGGUCAUUCCGUCUGCCCGUUGCUGGUCCCAGGCUCGCUUUCUGGCCCCAGCCCUCUCUCACUCUCUCUCUCAGCAGCUGUCUUUCUCGUGCCCGUUGGCCUGUCUCUCUCCUCUGCCUGCCUGGGUGGCCGCCAUGGACCGGAAGCGGCUGAUCACUGACUCCUACCCAGUAGUAAAGAGGAGGGAGAGCCCCACUGGACACAGCAAGGGGAAGCUGGCACCGGAGUUAGAGGAAGAGAUCCAGCCCCUGAACGUCGAUGAAGUGGAGCUGGAGUUGCUGAGGCAGUUUGACCUGGCCUGGCAGUAUGGGCCCUGCACAGGGAUCACAAGGCUGCAGCGCUGGCAUCGGGCAGAGCAGAUGGGCUUGGAGCCUCCCCAAGAAGUGCGUCAGGUGCUGCAAACCCACCUCGGAGACCCCCGCUUCCAGUUCAGCCUCUGGCACCUCUACCCACUUUGAGGUGCCACCUAAGAUCUUCUGCCCGCUACCCAAGAACCUCAGGACACAAGUGAGACCCCAUUGCUGCCCCUCAGCUCAGCUCUGCUGUGGAGAACAUCAGGCAGGAAGGAGUCUCACAGGGAAGGAAAGAGGCUGAACCUGGAGGUCUCCGCGCUUAGUCGUCCAUCUGACCAGCUCUGAGAGCCAAGGAGCCCUUCCUGCCUGGGUCGUGGUCUCUGAGGACAAGAACCUGCCCGUGACCAUCCCGAUGCCUGUCACACACCUCCCUGCCCUAAACACUGUGAUCCUGGGGAUGGUGUAGCAAUUUAGGCACAGCCUAAUCUGAGCAGACUCAGGCAGAUGCACUCCCUGCCUAAGCCUAGGAAUCUGAGGGCAGAACUGGCUGAGCUCACAGGGCAAGGUGUUCACUAAUGCUUAUCAAUAAAUAACACAGCCUGGAAGCCUAAACUCCAGUCCUUUAAUGUG